AAUUAGCACCAAAAAAUACCAAACGGCUUGAGUUGAGCGCAUUUUGCGACGCAGUCAUUCAAUGUUUUAAAUUAAUAAAUUAAUAUUACUAAAUGGAAAACGCGUCAACUGUAAACAAAAGACGCUCACUUACGCUCAGCAGCAGACUACUUCAGAAACGACACAGUGCCUCACCUCAAAGUCGCGUUCGCGCCAGCGCAUCACAGGAAGCCGCAAAUGAUGGAGAUUCGCCCGGCUCUUCAACAGUGAAUAUUGGCGACAAUGUUGAGAGCACGCCGCCCAGCAAAAAGAAUCACACGCUGGACGACAGCCUGGACUUCUCGCCGCGCAACAGCCUCUCGCCCAGCUGCCUGUUCUCUCAGACAUUGGUCAGCGGCAGCCCGGAAGUCAGUUGGCGCUGGAACUGCGAUAAGAAUGGGCGUGGCGAUAAGGUCAACACCACCUCGGACAGCGGCUUUGAUUCGGAAGAGUUCGGGCCGAAUGCGUGCAAGCAGAAGGAUCGACGCAAACAGGUGCGAGACGCAGCCAAUGAGCACAGGCGCAAACAGUUCGAAAGCAGACAAUGGCGGGCGCAACAGAUACGUGACCAUGAGCUGCUCAAGGAGCGUUGCGACAAGCUGCACCGGCAGCUGUUGUAUCAACAGACUGCGGCACCGGCAGCGACAGCUGAUGCCGAAAUAGCUGCAGCUGCAGCGGAGGAUCCCGCCUUGGCAGAUUUUCUUAACGAUUCCGAUACGGAUUGCUUUCUGAUUGAGGCCUCACAGCAGCUGGAGUCGAAGUUGGCGCCCCCGCAGACGCCAAACAAGACGCCGGCUGCCACCACGCCCACCAGUCAUCACAAGAGCCACAAGGAGAAGCAGUCCUCGUUCUAUAUGAAGUUUCUGGAGGAUGAAAGCGAAACAGAGGAUUGGUUUCUCGCCCUCGACGAGGCCAUGCUGGAGGCGACAAAUCCCAAGAAACCGCGCCUCGCCCUGCAGCGUUACAAAUCGAUGCCGAGCAAAACGGCCGGCGAUGCCAGCGCUGGCUGCAGUGCGUCCACAGCUAAGCGAUGCACCAACUCUGCCUCCUCCUGCUCCUCCGUCAAUGCAGGCUUGCCAGUGUCCGAUACGCCACGCAUAAAACGUCACGCCAGCACCCACGCCCUGUCGCCCGCUACCUCAAGUGCAAGAGGCAAUCUUUUUGGUAGGCGGCCUUAGACAAUGCCACGACGCCCACAAUAAAUUGUUCCAACGGCUUCCCAUCUACCUGUACCGAAUGUGAUGCGCAAAAAGUUGGGUGUGCUCCAAGUUUCGCUCGCCUCUUUGUUCCUCGUUAUUGCAUUGAACAUUGUAUACGUUAAUUGAAUCCAUCUACUCUUAAGAUACUUGUUUAAUUAGAAUUUAAGCUCAAUUAAAAUUUAAUUGUAAUUUAA